AUGAAGCUGGUGAACUACGAUAAAGGAAGGUAUCUUGGAAACAGUGUGAGUAGAGCUGUUAAGAACAUUAAUGAGAAGAUUUCUGAAGCGUUGAGUGGUAUGGACCCCGCACGUCAGUCUCAAAUUAAUCAGGCCAUGAUAGACUUGGACAAAACAGAAAACAAGGGUGAACUUGGAGCAAAUGCUAUGUUAGCAGUUUCAAUUGCUGCAUGCAAAGCUGGAGCCGCGGAAAAGGAGGUUCCGCUUUACAAACUCAUUUAUGAUCUUUCUGGCAAAACCAGCCUGACUCUUCCUGUCCCUGCUUUCACUGUCACAGGUGGUGGAAAACAUGCUGGGAACAAUCUAGCCGUUCAGGCAGAGACAUCAGAAAACAGGGUUGUAGUCACUCUGUGCCCUGCUUAUCUUUAUCCUGUUAUUGGGAAGGACUUUGUAGAAUGUAAAUGA